AAACUCAAUAGCAGGACAAAGGGUUUUUCAGUUGGCCAACAAAAACCCUGCACUCCUCCUCGUUUGCUUAAGCUAUGAGGUUCCUCACUCAGUCCAUUUCUGGACGCGGCAGGUCUCUGCUUCGUGAUCUGGGUCGCCGCUACUUUACCGCCGGAACGGACGAGUACGCCAAGCGGAACUACGCCAACAAUGUGACCGAGUACAACACCGUUUUCAAUUCCCUCUCCUUUAAACGCAGGCAUUAUCUGCUGAGGGAUGUGUAUGAUGACAUGAUGCUGGACGGUGUUCAGCCCACCAGAGAUACUUUCCAUGCGUUGCUCGCGGGUACCAUGAAAGGUGCUCGUUUGCAGGAUGCCUUCUUUUUUAGAGAUGAAAUGAAGGCUAUGGGUUUGCUCCCAGAUGUUAGCUUGUACAAUUUUUUAAUCUCAACAUGUGGGAAAUGCCAGAAUUCUGACCAGGCAAUUCAGAUUUUGGAAGAAAUGAAGAAAGAUGGAGUGAAGCCUACCGCACAAACGUAUAUCUGUCUUCUUCAUGCAUGUGCAGCCGCUGGCCGAGUAGAUCGGGCGUUAGUAAUUGUCCGUGAUAUGACUGCUGCUGGUGCUGGAUUGAACAAGUUCUGUUACGCUGGACUCAUAGCUGCACAUAUGAACAAGAUGCCUAGAGCAAAUGAGAUAGCUACCAAAAUUCUUGAGCUUGUAGAGCAGUCGAAAGGGUGGUCAUCAGUUGAAUCAUCUACUACCAAUGCUGGAAAUAUGAUGAUAGGUGUUUCUGAUGAAGAGUUGUAUGACAUGCCUACUGCUGAAUAUGUUCACAGGCGUGGGUUUGUGAACAGACAACUAACUGUGUAUCAUGUUGCCUUUCAUGCUUGUGCAGAACUUAGAAAUAUAGAGGUAACAUCUUAAAUCUUAAAUAGAACCAAUUUUUACCAGCCUUAGCUUUUGUCACUCUUGUCAGCUUGCUCUUGCAUUCAUGAGUAUUUAAUAUUUUUGGUUGUUUUUGCUUUUGGUUUGUAUUGCCUAAACAAUAUGGUGUCCAUAUUUCACCUCCUUGCCAUUGAUUUCUAAAUCAGGAUUUUUCUUAUAUCCAUGGUUAGAAAUAUAUACUUACACUAAGCUGUUAAAGUGGACUGAAACUUUAACAGAAAAUAUUGUAGCUUGCCUGAUCUUAGUCUCUGAUAUAUGGCCGCUGUCAUCUUUCUCACUAACCUUGGUCAUUGGUCUGUUGGUGCUUGGUGUGUGUGUGUGUAGUGAAAGUAGUCACCAGAAAGUUU